AUCCCCAGGUUCUUUGUUGGAACAUCCGUGGAGAGCGGCUGGUUUCCUCCAGCAGGCUGGAGUGAGGCUUCGGUGGCGUGCUCCCACCGUAGAUCGUUCUCUUUUGGCUUGUUUACGCAGCCCUCACGUCCAGCCAUGAAGCGGUUGCCUCAACGCGGGCACAAUAAGCUGCUCUCACCUCACCAAGAAGGAGAGGACAAUGAGCUGCUGCUUCACCAUACAGCUCUCCUUGCCCAACAGCCGGAAGAAAAUGACUCUGGGCAGCUUCGCUCUCCUCAGAAUGGCAAGGGUUUGCCGCCACUUGAGAAGAGCGCUUUGGAAUUGCGCUCCGGGGAUUUCAAUUUAUCCGGCGGGGAGCCGACGGGAACGUCCAGCCAGAAGAAUCUGUCAUCGGACAAAGAGUCCCAAGACGGGGGCUGUAAGUCAGAGAAGGCCAGAAAGCAACGCACAGCCUUCACAAAAGAGCAGAUUUGGGAACUGGAGUCCGAGUUUGCGCAGCACAACUAUUUGACCAGACUGAGACGCUACGAAAUAGCCGUCAACCUGGAGCUGACGGAACGACAAGUGAAGGUGUGGUUUCAGAACAGGAGGAUGAAGUGGAAACGCCUGAAAAGUGGUCAACAGGGGGCGCAAGCGCUGGAGAGAGAACUGCAAAAUGUCCAGAAAGGCAGAUUGUUGCCAUCGGAGAUUUGCAGUAUUGAAGGACUGCCACGCUGGGCCAGCUCACCCCAAACCCCGAGUGAUGAGCAAGAAGACAGCCCAGACAGCGACCUGAGCUCAGAACAUCCUUCCCUAUGACCUUGUUUGCCUUGUCACUCACACCCAGCAAGCUGGCAAAUAUUUAGGGCGCUGUAUUCUCUAUAUUUGUUCUAUUUUCUGAUAUUGCUGGCUGCAUUCAUCAGAUAUUUAUUUCUCUUCUGUUCUGUGUUCUGGUGAGCCUUGGCUGAUCCAGCUGGAGUGGUUCAUUUUUUAAAAUUUUUUUCUUCUUCCCCUACUUUGCUCCGGAAAUAAAAAAUGGAAGAUCAAUACCCAUAGAAACAAACAGAGCAGCAUGACGAGAAACACUCGGACAAGACGCCCGCCCGGGUGGAGAGAGCAGAGCUCACGGACCUCAUCUUCUGUCCUCGGACUGGGUGCGUAGAAGAAAGAAGAAAAGUAGUCAGAAUCCUGGCGUUUUGGAAUACGCCGCUUAUGAUGUCAUCCGAUCCUGGAUGAACUUUGACCCAAAUUGGAGCAAUUUCUCUGGAGCAGGACGGGCCAUGCUGUCAUGGCAGCACACGGUGCCAAGAUCAACUGGGCCAGCCAGCUCAAGACUUUUCCACGCUUUGGCCCGUGUAUGCCCCUCCCUCAUACGCUCCACUUUUCCCAUUCAAUUUGGAAUAAGAGCGAGCGAGUGAGCAAGUGAGUGAGUGCAAAGCCAAGCAUUCCGCCGUACCAUGCCACUUUCCCCCUGGCUAAAGUGCUGGCAGGAAGAAGAACGUACGUAUUGUGUGAAAGCUGCUUUGCUUGAACUUUUCGAGUAUGGCUUGAUCCCUGCAGUUUGUACUUUGACCCUCCGGCAAGCUGGCGAAGGACAGCAAACGUGCACAUAUGAUUUUGUGUAACUCUGACAUGAAUACAGAACGUAUCAGUCAAAAGAGACAGCCCUAGCUCCCUCCCUCCCUCGUACGUACGGGCGGACAGCUUUCCAGGGAGCUUCAAAAGAAAGAUGACGUGAGGUGCAUUACAAGUGGCUCCAGCGCUCCAACAAGGAUUUACCAGCAGAAGUGGCCAGAAACAAGAAGAAGAACUGAGUGAGAUGGCACGGAAAUGGGAAAAGCUGCCACAUCUGCCUUUGAGCUCUUCCAAAGCUGUGUGAAAAUGCCAAAACAACAUUUACAUAUUUGUGUUUUGGCUUUUUUUUUUUUUUUUUUUUACACAUUUCUUUGGGCGUGGGUCUGCAUGCGCUAAUGGUGGUGGCUAAGGUUAUAUGCUGGACAACAGGUCGCGCUUGCUUGGCUUUUAAUCUUCAACGGUGCAGCACAGUCAUGCUGCUGGACGAGGACGAGCUAUUUUGGUGAGGCCAAUAGAAAGUUUACAUUGGAGCGCCUAGAAAGUGUGUUCAUGAUAACAAAUGAAGAUGCCAAAAAGGAGGAAAUGCUGGAGAGCUGCUGGAGAGUACGCGUGAAGCAUGUACACAAAUGUGACCUACAUUGGGCCUCUCCAGGGACACUGUUGCUAUGGAGUGUAGAAAGGAGGGAGAGAGGGAGGGAGGGAGGGAGAAAAGGAGGGUGUGAAACACAAGCGCUCUUGUACCUGCUGAGCAAAAGCUAAAAAGGAGAGGCAUCUCGCUCUCUCUCUCUCGUUUACCCAUCACCAGAGCAGGGGGAAAAGAAGAAGAAGAAGAAAAAAAAAAACUUCAGAGUGCACACUCGGCAUCAGAAUUCCUUCCACAUGCAGCCAACUUCUCUGCCAGCCACUGCACAAACCCAUUGCGUCUUUUAGGCAAAGCAAUUCCAUUUGCCAUGGCGGGAGUUUCUCUUUCACCAGCUGAGCAAAUCUUCUUGUGUCAGAGGAAAGGCAACCCUGCCCAAACACCUAUUGUUCUUCUCACACUGAGGUCAUUAGGGAAGUUCAACGGUGUGGCAAGCAAGCAAGGAAGGAAUUCUUGAGUCCAACUUGCUUUUGAGGUGGAGCAGCGUCAUUCUUGCCACUACUGUUGGCCUUGCUUUUUCCCCCCAAGAGCAGACAGCAUUUGAUAUCCCUGCAGUUCGAGAGACCCGAGUACGGAUUCAUUAGAGCACUCAAGAGUCGACGUUUUUCCAGGACGGAAGCAGAGCGUAACAUCUCAAUCUGUUGUUUCACUUCAAGACCUCCCUCCCUCCCUCCCUCCCUCCCUGCCUCCCUCCAGUAGAGAAUGAAACUUGUUAGAAUUGCAACCAGAGGACAUCAUCUUUACUUCUGAGCAGAAUAAGACAAGUAUGUGUUACAUUGGUUGCUAUAAUAUUGAAAAGAUGAAUUCAAGCAAGCAGGCAAGCGGUGUGGGCCAGGCCGGGCCACGCUGGACAAGAAGAACUUGCAGCAUCUGUGCGCAACAUGUGCCAAGUGACGUAACAGCUUGACAGCAAAAGUGUUUGCAUUCCAAUUUGCUUGGGAUGCUUCCACUUGGACCUAAGCUCCCUCUUUUUGACAUAAGCUGAUGAAAAUGCUUGUUGACGAGAAAGCAGUCGCUACAGAUGUUCUCCUCAAUGAAGAGAAUUGAGCUCUCUCUACCUGGAAAAAUCCACGCAAGCCAACGUCAUGUCCAUUGUUUCAUACAUCAGCUUGGAUGGAGUACAAGUGAGGCAAUCCAAAUUGACGCAAGGUACCAAAGACUACUUUUCAUCCUUCCUCUCUCCACUGAAACCCUUGGAGCGGUGUGCCUUGUGAAAUUUGCAAGGCUUCAUUUGGCCUUUUUUUCCCCGGUCUGUCUUUUCGUCCCAGCAUCUCAGCUCAGCUCAUUGGUGCCGUUAGUUGGGUGGGGUGGGGUGGGGUGGUUGCUUGGUUGGCAGACUGCCAGGCUCUUCUCAGGAAACCCGCUCAGGCAGGCAGGCAGGCAGGCAGGGAGGGAGCGGUUCCUCUUCCCUUAUCAGCACAUCCUGCCUGUCCUCUGCUGUGACAAGCACACUGUUCACACCCUUCGCAAUCUCACCCUGAGGGGGGAGCUGGCUGGUCUGCCGGCCGGCCGGCCGGCAGGCUAACAUUUCAGCACUUGAGUUCUUUGGAACAAUAAGGAUUUUGUGCUCCUCCAAAUUGUGCAUCUGAUCCAACCUGGUUGGACAGAUGAUAUUUUUAGUAGCGUCCGCCAAAGCGUGUGAGCCGAGGGCUCCGAAAAAGAAGGCAUUGGCCUUCCUUUGUUCUGCCGCGGCACCGUAUCAAUCAACAUUGGAGUCGAUCAAAUCGCUACAAUAUGCAAAAGCAACUUUUGAAAGGCUGUUUGGAAGAGAUCAAGCGGCGCCAGCAGACAAUUUGACCAUUUCCAUAUUGCAAACUUAAUACCGCUUCGAGUCAUCAGUUUGGGACUUCCUCUAAACUUGGAUGAUCCAGAUAGCCUUCCCGAUAAACGAAGCAGCUGCGUCAUUCAUCUAUCUCCAUUUGCUUUAUUCCAAACGCACAAUAUGAAAUGCCCAUAAAUAGGAUCAGAUGCCCUUUUGAGGCAACACUAUUGAUUUCAGAAGGAUUCUGUUCGAGUCCCUUUUCAAGCCAUGAAUGGGGCCGUUUAAAGUGCACACGAUGAAUUUUCAAAUGGAGGCGAGGACGGACGCUCGACGAGCUGACCAAGGGAUGCCAGUGCGAUGAAGACGGCGGCGUCUGCCGGUCAAAAAUGAUGACAAUCCCAUUUAAGAUGUCACAGUGACACUCAGCAAUUCAUGAUAUAUCAAACAUGUAUGUGGAACAGUCAUUCAUCCUGACAAAAGUCACGAUUGCUUUAACUUCAGUCUUAGCAAGUUUUCAGAGCUGAGGUGCAAAAAAAAAAAGCGAGCAAUUUACCAAGUGAUGUUAACUCUGCUAGAUAGGAAAGGCCAAUGUGAAUCAUUUCCUAACAGAUAUAGUAGCCUUUUGAUUUGACUAGUACACCAGUAAUAGCUUUCAUCCUUGCUCCCAAAAUAUACUGCAGUGUAGUACAUUUGAUUGUGCCCCUAAUCUGUAUCCUGCAAGCAGGCAGGCAGGCAGGCAGGCAGGCAAGCAAGCUUUGGUCUAGUCCAACUAUGUUGUAUGCAGUUGAUUGUUUUGGCAGCAUAAGGUUGGCAGUGAACUCUGCAUUCUUUGAUUUGUUUGCAACAGGAAGUUUGAUUGUCUGUCCCCACUUUUCGGUAGCAUUCAAUGUCCAUAGGGCAGAACGGAUCCAUCCGAUGGUCCUCUAACGCUCAGUGACCUGAACAAACAUCCCAGGACGGUGGGAAAAAGCUCCUUUGAGGGACGCAGCUCCUACUAGCGGCGCUGGAUUUGCCACAUCAUCUCUUCCUCUUCUUCUUCUGUUGUCGCAGCAACUUGCGCCUCUUUGCGAUCAUGCCGUGCAGUUUGGCCAGGCCUUCGGGCAGGCCCUCGCCGAUGAUAGCGCAAGCCGGCUGCAGGUGCCAGGGCGUGGCGGCGCUAAGCUCGCCCAGAGCCAACAUCUUCUCCGUCUCCGUCACGGUCAGCGAGUUCCUCAAGUCCUGCUUAUUGGCCACAACCAGCACGGGCACGCCUUGGUUCUCCGCCAGCCGGGUGAUCUUGUGCAGUUCCGUCUUGGCCUCCUCCAUGCGCUCGGCGUCCGCAGAGUCCACCACAAACACCAUGCCGUCGGCGCAGCGGGUGUAGGAACGCCACAGAGGUCGAAGCUUCUCCUGACCUCCGACGUCCCAGAAGUGAAAGGACGCUGUCCGCCGGCUCUCCCCGAGCGAGGCUUUUAUCUUCUCGCUGUUGAAACCCUUGGUCGGGACAGUGUUGACAAACUCGUCGAAUCGCAGCCGAUAUAGCACCGUGGUCUUGCCGGCGCAAUCCAAUCCCACGAUGACAAUGUGUAGAGGCUGGAAGGGCGAGAGGCAGGUGAAUUCCGAGAAUCCGUUCCCCAUCUUGCUAGCUCACUUAGUAUUCAGGAGCCUGCGUUUAUUCUGCAGCAGCCUGGGGGGAGGGGGGGUGCAUAAUGAGUCAAAGCAUACAAACACCUCGCACCUUGGUGAUUCACACAAAGACUCGAGCCUCCACAGGUGUGUAUCUGCAUUUCCUCCCUCACACAGAUGAAUGAGGAGAGGAAUACAACAGCAGCCCGUUUGAUACGCUCAUUUCUUUUUCGAGGGCGAAACGAAAAACAAAGGCUUUAGAUCGGUCCCUAAAAGGUUGGGAGAUCCGAGAAUGCGGAGGAACUUUCACAUACGGUGCCCGGCGCCAACUUCCGGUCAAGGGGGAAACUGGAAAAAAAGAUCACAAUCUGAAAAAACAAGAGUUGAACUCGAAAAAAAGGUGUGAGUCUGAAAAUAUUAAACAAGCAACUGAAAAAAAAAUCUCUGGGGAAAAUACGUUUAUUUUCAGUUUCAAGUUGUUUGUUUUUAAAGUACAAAACUUUUGACCCCAAUCUACCUCCACACAUUUAUGCCUGAAAUAUUGAAUGUGACUUCGAGUUUUAGGUGAGGAAAGGGCGUGAUUUUCUCGCCUCUCUUUCCCACAAGUUGGUAGUAAAAGUUAAUCAAUAAAACCAUGUCAAAAUCUCCAGUAGGCUAUGUCACAACUAAUAAACAAGGCUGCAAAAAAGAUGGAGAACAGGUCCCCUCAUUAAUAAUGUUAUUUUGACGGCAGGUACAAUACAAGGGUUUUCAAAUUUGGGAGAAAAACUUACAUUGUUAGGCCAUUCUUAAUUAGUCGCUGACGCUCCUGUAGAAUUCCCUCUCCACGCAUCGACGCUCUGAUGGAUAGCUCGAUAGACGAUGGAUGGAUGGAUGGAUGGAUGGAUGGAUGGAUGGUUGGAUAGCUCGCUCUCCGGAGGAAAGAAACCUCCCUCCCUCCCUCCGUUCCGCGGAGACGUCAUCCAAAUGAUUACAUAUGACAGUUUCCGGUCAAGAGCUUCAAACUAAAACGACUUUAAAGCUGACCGAAUAAAUGCGUCAGUUUCCGGUCAAGAUCUUCGAACUAAAACACAUUUCAAGCGGAAACGUCAAGAACUGAAUAGCUAUCGCGGUUUCCGGUAAAGACCUUCAAACCAAAAGUUAUAACAGUAGUCUACACUCUCUCCUCCACGUUUUUUUUUUGAAGUUCACCAAAAAUGCCUCACAUCAAUGAUCAACAAGAAAAUAUUUGAAUCUGUUUAUUGAACUUCAAUUCUCUAGAUACAAUAACACAAUCACUUACAACACAAUCACAAAACAAGUAAACAUCCAAACUAUCUUUGUGUAACGUCAUUUAUUUAACAACUGAAAAAAUGCUCUUGAAAUAAAUAUGUGUACAUGGUCUAUAUAUCAAAUGUUUAGCAAUGAAAAUCUCAAGUGUUAUUAGGACUGCCGUUUUUAGUGUACAAAGUAAAUGAUUACAAAUGAAUGAGCAAAAAAUACAAUAUGAAAUGAUUUGAAUGAAUAAGAUGCGCUGGUUACAUUGCGUUCUUUAGCCCCCCAAAAAAUCCUCUUUACAAUAAAGUAGGUCAGAAGACGAUUUACACUGGGCUGAAGUAGUGAAAUCAUUUAACGCAAAAUGCACUAGUGAAAUCAUUGUGAAAAAUAAA